GCCAACUCCGCUCCCCGCGCACUCGGCUGCCCAGGCGCUCGGGACGCAGCAGCGGCGCUUCUCCGCGGGGCCGACCGCCCGCGAUGCCCGCUUAGGAGCGGCGGCAGCGGCCAGCAUCGCCACACCCGCGGCACAGCCCUCGCGGUCGCGGAGCGGGGCUCCAGCGUGCCCUCUGCCCCAGCCCCCACCCCGCCCCCCACCCUGAAAUGACUUGUUAAUCCGCGCAGACACCACCGAAGGGACUCACCGGAGUGGAAUCCAAGUGGAAUUUGGACCUGGAGAAGAGUUUCUUGAAGAUUUACUCCUUCCUUGUUGGUUUUCUUUCUUUCUUUCUUUCCUUUUUUCCUCUCCCCUUCUGCGCCUGUCAUUGGAGAUGAACACAGCGCGUUUGCAUCCCAGAAAGUAGUCGCCACGACUGUUACCCCAAAGAGACAAGCACACAUGUAGGAAUGACAAAGGCUUGCAAAGGAAGAGAGCGCAGCUUGCGGCCCGGAGAGAUCUCCUCGAUAAUGGAUUACUAAAUGGGAUACUCGCUCUACCAGCCCGCUCCGAGCCCCGGCCGCCUGCCCGUCGAUGCACCGAAAAGGGUGAAGUAGAGAAGUGAGGUCUCCCCGCUGAACUACUAUGAGGUCAGAAGCCUUGCUGCUGUAUUUCACACUGCUACACUUCGCUGGAGCUGGUUUCCCAGAAGAUUCUGAGCCAAUCAGUAUCUCGCAUGGCAACUAUACAAAACAGUAUCCGGUGUUUGUGGGCCACAAGCCAGGACGGAACACCACACAGAGGCACAGGCUGGACAUCCAGAUGAUCAUGAUCAUGAACAGGACCCUCUACAUUGCUGCUAGGGACCAUAUUUAUACUGUUGAUAUGGACGCCUCACACACAGAAGAAAUUUAUUGUAGCAAAAAACUGACAUGGAAAUCCAGACAGGCUGAUGUAGACACAUGCAGAAUGAAGGGAAAACAUAAGGAUGAGUGUCACAACUUCAUUAAAGUUCUUCUAAAGAAAAGCGAUGAUACCUUGUUUGUCUGUGGAACCAAUGCCUUCAACCCCUCCUGCAGAAACUAUAAGAUGGAUACUCUGGAACCUUCCGGGGAUGAAUUCAGCGGAAUGGCCAGAUGCCCUUAUGAUGCCAAACACGCCAACGUUGCACUGUUUGCAGAUGGAAAACUAUACUCAGCCACAGUGACUGACUUCCUUGCCAUUGAUGCGGUCAUUUACCGGAGUCUGGGAGACAGCCCAACCCUACGGACCGUCAAGCAUGAUUCCAAAUGGCUGAAAGAACCGUACUUUGUCCACGCAGUGGAUCACGGAGACUACAUCUACUUCUUCUUCAGGGAGAUAGCAGUGGAGUACAACACCAUGGGAAAGGUAGUUUUUCCAAGAGUGGCUCAGGUUUGUAAGAAUGACAUGGGAGGGUCUCAGAGAGUCCUGGAGAAACAGUGGACAUCUUUCCUGAAGGCUCGCCUGAACUGCUCAGUCCCCGGAGACUCUCAUUUUUAUUUUAACAUACUCCAGGCGGUCACAGACGUGAUUCAUAUCAAUGGCCGUGAUGUUGUCCUGGCAACCUUUUCCACACCUUACAACAGCAUCCCUGGGUCUGCAGUGUGUGCCUAUGACAUGCUUGACAUCGCCAAUGUGUUCACUGGGAGGUUCAAGGAACAGAAGUCUCCAGAUUCCACUUGGACACCAGUUCCUGAUGAACGAGUGCCCAAACCCAGGCCAGGUUGCUGCGCUGGCUCAUCAUCCUUAGAAAAAUAUGCAACCUCCAAUGAGUUUCCUGAUGAUACCCUGAACUUCAUCAAAACGCACCCACUCAUGGAUGAGGCUGUGCCUUCAGUCAUCAACAGGCCAUGGUUCCUGAGGACGAUGGUCAGAUACCGCCUGACCAAAAUUGCAGUGGACACUGCUGCUGGGCCCUAUCAGAACCACACUGUGGUUUUCCUGGGAUCAGAGAAGGGGAUCAUCUUGAAGUUCUUGGCCAGGAUAGGAAGCAGUGGUUUCCUAAAUGACAGCCUUUUCCUGGAGGAGAUGAGCGUUUACAACCCUGAAAAGUGCAGCUACGACGGGGUGGAGGACAAGAGGAUCAUGGGCAUGCAGCUGGACCGGGCCAGCAGCUCUCUGUACGUUGCAUUCUCCACCUGCGUGAUAAAGCUUCCCCUGGGCCGCUGCGAACGACACGGGAAGUGUAAAAAAACCUGUAUCGCCUCCAGAGACCCAUACUGUGGGUGGGUAAAGGAAGGAGGUUCCUGUGCCCAUCUGUCACCCAGCAGCAGACUGACUUUUGAACAGGACAUAGAACGUGGCAAUACAGAUGGCCUGGGAGACUGUCACAAUUCCUUCGUGGCCCUGAAUGACAUUUCAACUCCUCUUCCAGAUCAUGAAAUGUCUUACAACACAGUAUAUGGGCACGCCAGCUCCCUCUUGCCCAGCACCACCACGUCGGAUGCGGCGGCUCAGGAGGGGUAUGAGUCUAGGGCGGGAAAGCUGGACUGGAAGGACCUGCUGCACUCACCCGACAGCACAGACCCUUUGGGGGCGGUGUCUUCCCGUAAUCACCAAGACCAGAAGGGAGUGAUUCGGGAAAGUUACCUCAAAGGCCAUGACCAGCUCGUCCCUGUCACCCUCUUGGCCAUUGCGGUCAUUCUGGCUUUUGUCAUGGGGGCCGUGUUCUCCGGCAUCAUCGUCUACUGCGUCUGCGACCACAGGCGCAAAGACGUGUCCGCCGUGCAGCGCAAAGAAAAGGAGCUCAGCCACUCGCGCCGGGGCUCCAUGAGCAGCGUCACCAAGCUCAGCGGCCUCUUUGGGGACAGCCAGUCCAAAGACCCGAAGCCGGAGGCCAUCCUCACACCACUCAUGCACAACGGCAAGCUGGCCACCCCCGGCAACACCGCCAAGAUGCUCAUCAAGGCGGAUCAGCACCAUUUGGACCUGGCGGCCCUGCCCACCCCAGAGUCCACGCCAACCCUGCAGCAGAAGCGGAAGCCCAGCCGCGGCAGCCGCGAGUGGGAGAGGAACCAGAACCUCAUCAAUGCCUGCACCAAGGACAUGCCCCCCAUGGGCUCCCCCGUGAUCCCCACGGACCUGCCCCUCCGGGCCUCCCCCAGCCACAUCCCCAGCGUGGUGGUCCUGCCCAUCACGCAGCAGGGCUACCCGCACGAGUACGUGGACCAGCCCAAAAUGAGCGAGGUGGCCCAGAUGGCGCUGGAGGACCAGGCGGCCACCCUGGAGUAUAAGACCAUCAAGGAGCAUCUCAGCAGCAAGAGUCCCAACCACGGGGUGAACCUGGUGGAGAACCUGGACAGCCUGCCCCCCAAAGUCCCCCAGCGGGAGGCCUCCCUAGGUCCCCCGGGGGCCUCACUGUCUCAGACCGGCCUGAGCAAGCGGCUGGAAAUGCACCACUCCUCCUCCUACGGCCUUGACUAUAAGAGGAGCUACCCCACGAACUCGCUCACGCGAAGCCACCAGGCCACCACUCUCAAAAGAAACAAUACUAACUGCUCCAAUUCCUCCCACCUGUCCAGGAACCAGAGCUUUGGCCGGGGAGACAACCCGCCCCCCGCCCCGCAGCGGGUGGACUCCAUCCAGGCGCACGGCGCGCAGCCCGCCGGCCAGGCCGUGACUGUUUCGCGGCAGCCCAGCCUCAACACCUACAACUCGCUGACGAGGUCCGGGCUGAAGCGCACACCCUCGCUAAAGCCGGACGUGCCCCCCAAACCCUCCUUUGCCCCCCUUUCCACAUCCAUGAAGCCCAAUGACGCGUGUACAUAAUCCCAGGGGGAGGGGUCGGGUGUCGAACCAGCAGGAAAGGCCAGGCGCGCGCUCAGCUCGGCGAGGCCCUCCACUGCCCGAGUACCCACCAGACCAAGAUGGCCGCGCCGGAGCAGAGGACGCUGGGUCCCCCUCGGGGCCGCGGGGGGACUCUGGGAACUUGGGCCACGCGGUUUGGCGACGGUUUGCGACGCGGGACUCACCUCCAUUCUCGAACUUCACUCUCCCGAACACACCGUGCGACAGGUCGGACUCACGAAUGACUUCAAUUAUCAUCACCAACAUGAGCCAAAAGCACAUAGCCACCCACCCCCACCCCCACACGCAUGCGCGCGCAUCCUGCGCGCGCGCGCGCACGCUCUCACACCCACGCGCGCGCGCGCACACACAGGUGACGACGGCAACGUUUUUUGUCCGUGACCCCACGGGGCGCUGCCAGACAGGGCUGGCGUUCCACCUGCGAAACACAAAUACAUUUUUUAAAAAUCAUGAAAAUUGAAAAGACAAAAAAAUACUUCAUUGAUAAUUCUAACUCAGACUUUAACAAUGGCAGAAGUUUACUAUGCUCAGAUACUGUGAAAUGCCCACCAGUGUUACAGCUUUCUGUUAUUAGCAGAUUAAUGCCAUGUUGGGCAACUAUGUCAUAGAUUUCUGCUCCUCUCUUUUAAUGAAAUAACGUGACCGUUAACGCAAGUAACUUUAUUUAUUGUUCACCCGUUUUUUUCCUUAAGGAAAGGACACUUCCAUAUACCAUCCUAUGAACAGCUCUUCAGAAAGCCCCUUGAAAAUUAAACUAUUUAACGUGAAAUCCAUUAACUGGAAUAAUUGAGUUUAUUUUUACAAUAAAUUCACUGAGUAAAUAAGUCGGAGCUGGAAUUCUGAGCUUUGUGUUUGGACUGUCUGAUCUCUAGCUAAAGGAAAAAGUUGACAGGGGAAUACUUAUUCAGAUCAACCAGUUACUUUGCUGGUCAGGUCUCUGGCCUAUAACAUGCAAAAAAUUAGUUUAAAAGUCCCUCCAGAGCCUAACUUCUAAAGCAGCCAGGAGAGGAACUUUUAGAAUGACACAUCCGCGUCCCAUUUCUGCCAACAUGGCUUUGUCAGUGGUUCCUACUUUCUGUGAAGGCAGCAGCUUGUGAUACCCAUCUCAUUUCACCUUGCAUGUGAGACAGCAAACGAAAUCCACUAAAGGUGUGAACUAAUUAAUACGCUGGCUGCUACCUUGCAUAAAUUAAUGGUUUGCUCACACGGGUUUUUCGUGGGGUUACAUCUGUGAAUAGCCUCUGUUCCACAUGUAAAUUUGUGCCUUACACCCUGAGUUGUGUACACUUGUAAACUGUCGUUAUGCUAAACUUUCCCCCACUUUUGAAAUAAAUGCAGAUAUUUAUUUGA